AUGUCUUCCAACGUUCUUGUCGAUCGAGACGUCAAUGCGACUGCUGCGCAGCAGGCUGGCGAUGUCAAGGCUGAUGUCAAGAGUAUGGAGUAUCACCGUCAGGUCCUACAGUCCAAGCUUGAGGAGGGACAAGCAAACCCAUCAUACGUCUCCCCAUCCGACAAUAUCAUGAGCCCAUGCACAGCCAAGUUGAGUGCUUACCGGAGCAAGCAAGUUGGAAAAGCUAAGCCCAAGUCCCUCUUCGCAAAGACCUCUGCCAAGAACAUUGGACUGGGACCUGGAAGCAUGUUUGCGGAUAAGCCAGCCAACCUCGAAGAGAAGAAGUUCGCGGACCUAUAA